AUUUAGACAGUCAAUCUAAUCAUCGUGCUGCACUGUCAGGCUGAAGGGGGUUUGCAGCGCGGAGCUCCAGCUGAGAGAUGGUCUCCAGAUGUUUAUUACAGGUGUGAGCGUUUCAGAGAGGGGGAGCUGAAUUUGGUGCUCAGUAUCAGAGGCAUCACAGUUUCCAGCAAUAACAAGACUCAAGCAUCAAGCCCUGAGGUCUCAGUGCACACCUGUGAACCCUGGAGGACCUCCUGCCAGCAGAUGGCAGAAUCACAGCAGGAUGGUGACAUCUUCAGCGUGAGGAGCACAGCCACAGCAAGGAGGCACGGCGCCGAUGGGGCUGUCGUUCCCGGCUCAGGGUCAGUACCAGCUCCAGGCCCUGUGGAGGCCGAUCGCUUCCACCCAUAUCAUCAGCAGUUCAGAGACGGAGAGAUGACGACUGCAGGUUGUCUACAGCACGGCUCGUCCUCCUUGAGCUGCCUGCAGGAGGUGCACAGCCCUGAUACCUGCUCUGUUAGUCACAGCCCGAACAGUGAGACGGCAACAACCUGGGGCCACUACAACAGCACCGUUCAGGAAUCCUUCCCAGAACUAACAUCUGUGCCAGCAGAGCGUUAUUGCUUCGUAUCUCGGAGUUAUUCGUCCUCCAGUUUACGGAGUCCCAUCCAACAGGUCUCAUCUCGACAUUAUCCUACUAAUGAGCUGUGCAACGGCUCCAAGUAUUCCCCUCAAAGCAUGUCCACUCCUUCACACCAGGACAGCACCACACAGUGUCUCUUCCCCAAACCCAUUUACUCAUACAGCAUUCUGAUCUUCAUGGCGCUGAAGAACAGCAAAACAGGAAGCCUCCCUGUCAGCGAGAUCUACAGCUUCAUGACUGAACACUUCCCAUAUUUCAAGACAGCUCCUGAUGGAUGGAAGAACUCGGUGCGUCACAACCUCUCCCUCAACAAGUGCUUUGAGAAGGUGGAGAACAAAAACGGGAACUCAUCCCGUAAAGGUUGUCUGUGGGCUCUUAACCCAGCCAAAGUGGAGAAGAUGCAGGAGGAGCUUUACAAGUGGCGUCGCAAAGAUCCCGUCACUGUUCGCAGGAGCAUGGCGAAACCAGAAGAACUAGACCAUCUACUUGGAGAGCGACCCGGGAAGUUCAGGUCUUUACCACACUACACCAGCCCAGCUGUGUUGUCCAGAGUUGCCUCCAUAUAUGGCACCGCCUCCUCAGCUUGUACCCAACGUCAACGAUCCUACCAUCCUAUCAGGCAUCAACAAUUCCCCCGUGUUCUGCCCCCAUCUCAGCCGCCGUGCUACCAUUUCUCUUCCAGUCCCAGCCCCGGCACCUCAUUUGCACUGUACUCCCCGUGUGUACUACAGACUGUACAGACUGCAGCUGGUUUCCCAGCAUCCACUGAAAGUCUGAACUCACCUCUGGCUGGGAAGAUGGCACCAGUUUAUGAUGUUGCCCUGCAGACUGAGUGCAGCACGGGCCUCAGGAGCACACAGGACCUCUUGUUGGAGGGUGAAACCAGCUGUGAUCUCGAUACACUCAACCCCAGUUUAACUGAUCUGCCAUUCCAAGGUAACGUGUGGGAGGAGUUAAGGGAAGACAGUCUUGUCUCAAAUACACAAAUAGUUGCCACCACAACUCCUCCCACCACCUCUACCCUGCAGAACCUCCACAGACAUACCUGCUGCCUGCAGGCCUUGACUCCUCUCAGUGAAACGGUGGAGGUGACGCCCGUCAGUCGACUGAUGGGAGAGGAUGAGAACACUGGCAGUGGGCAAAGCGUGGAGCAGCACGGCUGCUUCAGCGGACUGCAUCCUGGGAUGUAUUCAGGGGUGGAGAGCUGUGCUGGCUAUCUGACAUCCUGUACUUCCAUCUCUUUAAUCUAAAGACCCGACAGCCCCUCACCUUUGACCUCUUCAUGUCUGUCCCAUGCUGAAUUUUAAUUGCCUGAAAGGGCGACUUUAUAGCAAACAUCUUUCUGUCAUAGUAUUAGUUCCAGGACUGACCUGUGCUGUGUGAUAGAAUGAUGGACUCUUCAAACACACUUCAGCCUACAGCUUAUUUGGACAACAGUGUUUUAAUUUUAUAGCUGUCUGUCACCGUAUGUU